UGCAGAUAGUUGAAUUUUUGCAUCAGCCCGAGAAAGUUUAGCGUAGGUCGUAGCUUUCUUCAUCGUAUCGUGUAAUGUGCGAACGACAUUUACCGCCUGACAUCACGAGAGUGCUGACACGAAGGUGUGGCGAAGACUGCUGAUAAUACCGAUUUGUUAUUAUUUUAAACCUUGCUCUCGUAUCAAUGGCAGAAUAUGAGCGUGUUGAAAAGUAUCAUCAUAACUGUGCCUAAGGGUCUGUCAAAGACUUCGGGUUUUUCAACGCAAAAAUUAAAUUUUACAACGUCCCUGCUCACCGAGAAUAACGCGAAUAAGAUCAACAAUCGGAAAAUGUCUACUACCGAGGAUGACGCAGCGUUAGACGGUUCCAUUAUUGAACAAGAAAUUUGUUUUCGUGGAAAGAAACGACGUCUCGAUCAUCUUACAUGGGAAGAAAAAAUUCAACGAAAAAAGUUGAAGAACAGAGUAGCAGCUCAAACAUCCCGCGAUCGUAAAAGAGCAAAGCUUGAUGAGCUUGAAGAAACAGUAAGAGUUCUCAGAGAUAGAAACGAAACCCUUGCCCAAGAGUGUUCGGCAUUAAAGUCGCAGAAUGAGGUGCUUACAGUUGAAAAUACUUCACUGAGGAGAGACUUAGAGUCGAGAACAACCACAGGAGAACAGCACUGUUCAAAGUGUCAGAGUAGUGUCAGUUGUGUUGCCCCCAUGCAGGGAUCUGCAGUAUCCCCCAAAUACCCUCUGCCGCAGGGUGGGGCAACCGAACUGGCACCAGUUCUGACCCUGACACAACCAGCCGCAACCCUGUGGAGGAUUCUGACCCUCUACCUCCUCUCGAAGAAUUGUUUGCAGACCUCCAAGGAGACGAUUACAUCGAGAGACUUGAAGAACUGGCCGAAAGCCUUCUGCGAGAGGUUACCGCCGAAGUGGAAGCAAAUGCUAAUCAAUCAAGUGAACAAGUCAACCUCGCAAGGGAUGCCCCCCAAGAAUCUAGCGAUACAACAAGAGUGGUGGGGCAGGCAUCAGAAAAUGUGGAAGCCGAUAGAACUGGUCGAAGCAUAGAUGAAGCCUCUUCCACACCUGUUCAAUAUUCUGGCCCAAGCACAACUACUACAUUUUGUACUCACACGCAUGAUGACACUGUCAAUCCCACACAUUACGAAAAUUACGUUAAAGUUAAGGAAGAGCCAAAUAUAAAUGACAUGGAUACAGUCUACGGUACUUACGACGAAUCAACCAAUUGCAUAACAAUUAUAUAUCCAGGAGAUGACAAGGAUGGUAUUGAAAUUCAAGAAAGCGUCCAAGAAGUAACAUCAGAAGUUAUACACCCCGAAAAAGAUUCAACAUAUUUUAGGCCCAGCCAUUCGUUUGGUGGUCAUUUAUCGCCCCCUUACAUGUCUGCAGAUUCUAUGUCUCCAGCAAGUCUUCAUUCUGAUGAUAUAGACAUGGGGGAACCCUUAAACAAAUUAGAUCCAAAUUUAUCAGACGGGGGAUAUGAGUCUCAUGGAUCUCCAAAUACAGAAACAAUUAAUUCCAAUACUACGGCAGCCCUCACAGACCUCUGGCACGAAAGCUUUUCCGAAUUAUUUCCAAGUUUAGCAUGAAAUCGUGUGCUGCAGGCUGCAAGGCACUGAAGUACUGACUGCAUCUGACUCAUAUCUGUGAUAUAAAAUAAUUUAAUUUGUAGCGCAAUUGGGACAAAUUAUGUUGACUUUGUAGAUAUUCUUUCAUCAUGGCAUUAAUAGUUUUUCUAAUAUUAAUUUUAGUAUUAAACUGUACAUAUGUGUACAUCACACAAUCGUGUUGCGUGUAAAUAACUCAAAAUUUAUCAUCUUUGGCAUCUUUGUACGCGGUGUGUUUAAAAAUGUACCUAGGUAUUUAAACCAUGUCAUUUUUAUUAAUAGCACUUUAUGGUGUCUUAAUAUUAUUAUUAUUAUGUAAAUUAAAUGUUUAUUAACUAAUUUUCAUUACUUGUAACUUGUCAACUACGCGUAUUAUGUAAAAUGCAAUAUGUUGAGCAAAGGUGCGCAGAAUAAAUGCUGAUUACGGUCAUGUAA